AUGGGAAAUUACACUUCUGAAACUCAAAAAGACCGAAUUAUUGCUGAUAUCGACUCUUCAGAAAUCCCCAAAGAAGAAAUCCAAGAGGCAAAAUUCUAUAAAGGACAAAUAAUGGAUAUCGUCAAUGAGAUUUUAGAGAAAACUACCCAAAGAGAGAUGAGUGAUUAUGCUUUUCUGAACUGAACAAGUGCAAUAGAUUUUGAAUUCAGAUACCUUAUUCAGAUCACUACGAGGCAGAAUACCAAAGAGGAGAGCUGACGAAUUAUCUGGACCACCCUUGAGCAGAAAUUUGUAGAUCCUGAGGGAAACAGUCUCUUUCCAAUGUAUUAUUUCUUUAAUACUCCUGUUGUCAAGAAUAAUAUGAUCAACCUGGCUAUUAGGAACCGAUUUUCCUGAGGUAUACUAGCUAUGAUUAAUGAAUACCCUGAAGAAAUGAGAGAAUUGGCUAAUGAAAAUAAUGGAUGGUCAAUGCUGCAUGAUCUAGCCUCCAUCCACUCAAGUUUCUCCACAGAAGAGGAAAAGCUUGCAAUGUGGCUGAUCAAAAAUACCCACACUUUUCUAAAAAACCAUACUAACAGAACAUUCCUUGAAACAGCAAUCUGCCAUAUGUCUCCCAACUUUGACUACCUCUCUAAGCUAGUAAUCCAACGCAAUAUUAACCUGAUCACAAUAAAAGUUCUUAAAUCUACAACUCUUCGCGAAAAUCUCUUCUCAAAAAUCUUAAAAUACUGAGCGCACAAAAACCUUAUAAGCAGGCACUACUACAAAAUAGCUAAAGAGAGAAGAAUGAAGGACCUGAGCAUGAACUGGGUGCCCCAGUUUAGAUACACAGAAGAGUUACUUAAGGCAAAUGUUCAGUGGGAGUUUGAAGUUUUAACAAAGUUAAGAAAUAAUGGAAAUGUUGGAAAAUAAGUCUAAAUAAGAAAACAAACCAAUUAGGAGUUAUAUGAGGAGUAAUUGAAAGAAGUUUAAAAUUGGUAUGACUUUUGGAAAUUUUAAGGUUUAAGUAUAUAUGAGAGAAAUGUGAGAUAAGAGUUCAAUCUAAUAGUGAGUAUAAACUUAUUUCGAACCUCAUUAAAGUAUCUGAUCAUUUACACAGGAAUUUUAAUCCAACUCUUAUAAACUACAAAACAAUACUAACCACUAUACAACAUCUCUAUACAACUUCACCCCGAAUCACCUUCACUAAAUUUCCUUACACAGCACCUAAUUCACUUUCCCAAUCAGACUUCCCCUCAAUCCCGUUCUAAACUCCCCUUCCCUCCAAAAAGCCUCUCUACUCUCCUACUUCCUCCAUUAAACCCCCUUUAAGCCUCCCAACCCACUCAACUCUAAAAAUCUCUUCUAAAAUCCUUCAAUCUUC